AUGGAAGCGGAGCCAUCAGUAUCGCAACCUAACAUCGAAAUACCCGAUGGAACGAACUGUCUAAUCUGCUACGAGGACCUUAUAUUGAGCAACGCUGUUGCCUACAAGGCUACUGAGGACGCCGACUGGGCACUCUCCACUUUCUGCAUCGACUGCAUCAAGCAACUGCUUGCUACACAGUACGAGAGGUACAUCACAUCGCUGCGUACGACCAAUUGUGCCAAGGAACAACGUGCCCUGCUGGAACGUGGACCCCCUGUCAACAUAUCCGACCACUUGGGUUUUCCACUGGCCGAAAAGCGGGAGGUAUAUGCGUUGUUCGACAUGGGUCAGCAAGUUCCGCUGUCGGCAAAACUUGAAGGUAGCGUGACGGGAGAGGAGAGGGAGCGGCUAUGGGAGGAACUCAGCCAGUUCAGAUUCAAGGGUGACCACGAGGAAUGA